CUCUUAAAUGAAAAGAUCUGAUAUAUAUUUAUAUUUUUAUUUAUUUCUUUUUUAUGGUUAGAUUAAACAAAUAUAUCAGAUUUAGCAGUUCAGUUUAAACAUUUUUUACAUUAAUAUCAAAUUAUCCUCGUAAUUAUACUACACCAGCGACUAGCCAAUAACUGAAGGUGUUGCAUAUACUAUGACCAAUUAUACGUUCGUAACCUAUGUCGCUAACCACUGCGCUAUCGUCGUCCGGUAUUAGUUAGUGUCGAAAUGACGGUAUUUGUGCUGUCGAAUGCCGUCACAUAUAUUUCUCUCUAUUUGACUCUAUGACUUGACUCAUUGAACAAACUAUACUUGCUAUAAAUUUUAAAUAAAUCUAUUUAUGUUGAAAAUAGUAUUGGAAAAAUUGUAUUAAAAACAUGUUAUACAACAGCUUAAUAUUAAAUUCUAUUAAAUUCAAGAUUAAGUAAUUGAUCAUUAAAUCAAAUUAAUGUCAACCAAUCAAAAUGAAUUGACACUACUAAAGCACCAUUAAAGUGGUGGGGAUAACGAUGGUCAGUUAACAAGGGAAAAUUUUGGUCAAUUGACGCUGUACCAUACACGCUUUAGGUACAUGUAAAUAGAACAGUUGUUAUAGUGCUGCUGUUUAAUAGGGGAGAAUCGUUUAGCGAUUCGACUAACCAUUCUCGUAUCAGUUUCUUGAACAUAAAGCGAAAAAUAAAAAUAUUUUCUUUAAUAAAUUCUCGAGGGUAAGAUCACUAACGUCUUAUGAGUCACAAUUAGGUGACGUUGACUGCAUAUUUCAUGCAUUAGCCUACCAGCUGAUCGGAGCGUUCAUUGCGCGUACAACUUGUGGAUGUUAACAUAACCUAAUAGCUUAUGACACUUCAGAAUUGUAUGUGUAUAACGAUUGAAAAUUGGAAAGUUUAAACUGAAAGGAGAUAAAAUCUUUUAUGCAAAGUACAAAAACGUCUACUAUGUGUUGAACUGAAAAUUCAUUUGAAUGAAAAAGGUUAUGCUUACAAGAAAGGCACCUGUGCAAAAUUAAAAUUGUAACCAUGUCUGGGAAAGGAAAACAAAGUUCCAAAAAGGCGGUCGUCAAAGUGCGAGAAAGUGGAAAGACUGUACAGUCUUCUGCCCUUAACUCGGAUACGACUUUGGAGAAUACAGAGGCCACAAAGCCUUUAUCUAUUUUAAAAAUUGCUGACAAUGGCCGCCUUCUUCCAAGGUAUAGUAGUAUCCUGCAACGCAGUGUGGAAGAAGGUGUAGGAAUGGAAGAUCUUGAUACACUGCAGUUAGAACUAGAAAUGCUUCUCUCCUCUGUAGUGGUGCGACACCGCAUGCUUCAAGAGGAGAUAGCCAAUUUGUCUUCAGUAGAGGAACGCAGAGACAAAAGGUCCAAAAGUGGGAAAGGUCUUUCUCUUCUGGAUAAAAAGGUCAGAGAAGAAAAGUUCAAACCUAAAGAACUUAAUGUUAAAACACAGUCUCCUCUACCUGCAAAACUGUUCAAGCAAAAAGCUGUUACCAGCUCAAACUCUCAAGUCAUUCCAAAUGUUCAUGAAAUUUCAAGAAUUGAAGGUUCCAAAUCUGAAUCACCAAAGUUGCUCUUACCAAAAAAUGACACUCCCAAUAAAUUCUGGGCAUCUGUCGAUCCAUAUUGCACAGACAUUAUGUCUGAUGAUAUUAAAUUACUAGAGGAAUUAAUUUGCACGCACAGUGACAUUAGUGACUUUAAAAAAGUCCCUCCAUUAGGUCGUCAUUACAGUUUAAUGUGGGCACAUAAUGAUUUGUUGCAAGAAGAAGAUGCAGGUAAUCCAACUAGAGAUAAAAAAAAAAAUCGCUCGGAUGUGUCUCUGUUAGUUGGAAAAAAUGACAAAAAGGCACACAGUAUAGCAGGACCUCUGACUCAGAGAUUAGUCUCUGCCUUGCUUGAAGAAAAUGUAUAUGUUGCAAAUAAUAACACAGAUAACAAACUCUUUAGGGACAGUGAUCCUCCGGUUUUAAGAGAUCUUACUAUUCAGAACUCUAUUAAUUUAGAAUUAAGGAUGCACAAAGAACUUGUAGAGCAAGGAAUUUUAGAACCAGAUGCACAAAAGAAGAGUCAAGAGGACGACGAAAUUUUGACUGAGAUAAAACGGUGUCAGCAGGAGCUUACUGCUCUUUCCAAUCAUAAUGUAACACAGUUAAAAAGACUGUUGAGUUUAGCUCAGGAGGAAAGCAAACGGCAAGCGUUGAAGAGGAAAAUUAGUACGGCGGAUAACGAAGUGAUAGAACACUACAAGAAACUUAUACUAGCGAAACAAAGAAAAGUACCCUUAACAAAAAAAGAACAGGAGAAAGCGUGGUCGUGUCUUCGAGAGAGGGAAAACCUUUUGGACCAGUUGAACAUGUUACCACACAACAACGUAGAACCCCUAGGUUUCGGCACUACGACCUAAAUGCAAUUUUUUACUGUAUUGUACAAUAUCGUGAUAAAACUAUGUAUAAAAAUUGAAUAAUAUCAGUCUAAUUUUUAAA